AGCUCCGGAGGCGGCUGGCGCGGGCGCUCCCCAGAGGCCGACGGAAGGUGAGCGCUGCGGGCUAUGGGAUGGAUGAGGUGGAGCAGGACCAGCAUGAGGCCCGACUCAAGGAGCUGUUUGACAGUUUUGACACCCUGGGAACCGGGUCUCUGGGUCAAGAGGAGCUCACUGACCUCUGCCAUGUCCUGAGCUUGGAGGACGUGGCCCCGGUGCUGCAACAGACACUGCUUCAGGACAACCUCUUGGGCAGGGUACAUUUUGACCAAUUUAAAGAAGCACUAAUACUUAUCUUGUCUAGAACUCUAUCCAGUGAGGAGCACUUUCAGGAAUCAGAGGCUCAGCCCAAAUACGUGAGAGGUGGGAAGCGCUAUGGGCGAAGAUCUCUACCCGAGUUUCAAGAAUCUGUGGAAGAGUUUGCGGAGGUGACAGUGCUCGAGCCGCUAGAUGAAGAAGCAAAGCCGCCACACAUCCCAGCUGGUGACUGCAGUGAGCACUGGAAGACGCAGCGCAGUGAGGAGUAUGAGGCAGAAGGUCAGCUAAGGUUUUGGAAUCCAGAUGACUUGAAUGCUUCACAUAGUGGGUCUUGCCCUCCGCAAGACUGGAUAGAAGAGAAACUGCAAGAGGUUUGUGAAGAUUUGGGGAUCACUCGAGAUGGUCACCUGAACCGGAAGAAGCUGGUUUCCAUCUGUGAACAGUACGGAUUACAGAAUGUGGAUGGAGCGAUGUUGGAGGAAGUCUUUCUCAGUCUUGAUCCUGAUGGUACAAUGAGUGUAGAAGACUUCUUCUAUGGUCUGUUUAAAACUGGGAAAUCGCUCACACCAUCAGCAUCUACUCCCUACAGACAGCUAAAGCGGCAUCUCUCUAUGCAGUCUUUUGAUGAGAGUGGACGGCGGACCGCAACCUCGUCAGCCAUGACAAGCACCAUUGGCUUCCGGGUCUUCUCCUGUUUGGAUGAUGGGAUGGGCCUGGCAUCUGUGGAGAGGAUCCUGGACGCCUGGCAGGAAGAAGGCAUUGAAAACAGCCAAGAGAUCCUGAAGGCCUUGGAUUUCAGCCUGGAUGGAAAUGUCAACCUGACAGAACUGACACUGGCUCUUGAAAAUGAACUUUUGGUUACCAAGAAUGGCAUCCACCAGGCAGCUCUGGCCAGUUUCAAGGCUGAGAUCCGGCAUUUGUUGGAACGAGUUGACCAAGUGGUCAGAGAGAAAGAGAAGCUGCGGUCGGACCUGGACAAGGCAGAGAAGCUCAAGUCUCUGAUGGCUUCCGAGGUUGACGACCACCAUGCUGCCAUUGAGCGGAGGAAUGAAUACAACCUCAGGAAACUGGAUGAGGAAUACAAGGAGCGCAUAGCAGCCUUAAAGAAUGAACUCCGCCAGGAGAGGGAGCAGAUCCUGCAGCAAAUGAGCAAGCAGAGGGCAGAGCUGGAGCGGGAAAUUGAAAAGGCCAAGACAGAGGAGAACUACAUCCGGGACCGCCUUGCCCUCUCCCUGAAGGAAAACCAUCGCCUGGAAAAUGAGCUUCUGGAAAACACAGAGAAGUUGGCAGAGUAUGAGUCCCUGACCAACAAACUUCAGCGCAAUCUGGAAAAUGUGUUAGCAGAAAAGUUUGGUGACCUCGACCCCAGCAGUGCUGAAUUCUUUCUUCAAGAGGAGAGGUUGGCGCAGAUGAGAAAUGAGUAUGAGCAACAGUGCAGGCUAUUACAAGACCAAGUGGAUGAGCUCUAUUCAGAGCUAGAAGAAUAUCGUUCACCAGGCAAAGUAUUCAGGCUCCCCUUGAAGAACUCGCUGUCAGAAGAACUUGACGUUAACAGUGGUGGCAUUGAACCUGACCAAGGGCUUGGUUCUGAAGAAUGCAAUCCACUGAAUAUGAGCAUUGAAGCUGAGCUGGUCAUCGAGCAGAUGAAAGAGCAGCACCACAGGGACCUGUGCCGCCUGAGGCUGGACCUGGAAGAGAAGGUGCACCAUUAUGAAAAGCAGUUGGAUGAAGCCAGGGUCACCUGUGAAAAGGAGCAGGCGGCCAUGAAGCAAAAGUAUGAGCAAGGAAUUCACACCUUGGAGACACAAAUAAGUGACCUUCGCGGUGAGAUUGCCGAUCUCCAAGGGCAGGCUGUGGUGCUGAAGGAGGCCCACCACGAGGCCAGCUGCAGGCACGAGGAGGAAAAGAAGCAACUGCGGCUGGUGUUUGAGGAGGAGAAGACUCAGCUUCAGGAGGAGCUGCGGCUGGAGCAUGAGCGGGAGCUCAAGGCCAGGCUGCAGCAGGCGGAGGAAAGCUUUGAGCAGGAGAGGGAGGGGCUCUCUUGGGGUGCUGCCUGGACCGAAGAGAAGGUGAGGGACUUGACACAGGACCUGGAGCAAUCUUACCAGGAGCAGCUGCUGAGCCUGGUGGAGAAGCACAGUCUUGAGAAAGAGGAGCUGAGGCAAGAGCUCUUGGAACAUCACCAAAGGGAACUUGAGGAGGGAAGGGAAAAAAUGGAAACAGAGUGUAAUAGAAGAGCCUCUCAGAUAGAAGCCCAGUGUCAGGCUGACUGUGAGAGAGUCACUGAGCGCUGUGAACAAACUCUGCAAAGCCUGGAGGGGCGCUACCGCCAAGAGUUGAAGGACCUCCUGGACCAGCACCUGGAGGAGAGGUCCCAGUGGGAGUUCGAGAAGGAUGAGCUCACUCAGGAGUGCACGGAAGCCCAGGAGCAGCUGAAGGAGGCACUCCAGAGGGAGAAGGCAACCGCUCUUGUCCUGAACCAGGAGCGGGAGAUGCUGGAGAAAACAUACAAGGAACGUUUGAGCAGCCUAAGCAUGGAAAGAGAUCGGCUGCUGCAAGACCUGGAAGACCUCCGGAACACUUCGGAGAGCCAGCAUGGCCUCUUGUCUGACCAGAUACUUGAGCUGAAGAGAAGUCAGGAGCGAGAGCUGAGGGAGAGAGAGCUAUGCCAGACAGGGACCUCUGAGCAGCCAGCCAGCCAGUGGCUUGAAAGGCUACAGGUAGAGCGUGAACAAGAGAGGCGAGAAAUGGUGGGCAAGCUUGCGGCCCUGGAGAGCGCCCACAGAGCGAGCCUUGAGAGAGCAGAUCUAGAGAAGGCUGAGCUGAGUGCAGAGGUCCACAGGCUUCAGAAUACAGUCAAGGACAUGCAGAGGGCAGCGGCGCUUUCGGUGCUUCAGGGUGCUCAUUCUCUGGUAAUGACAGGGGAGGAGGCAGACGGAAAUGGAGCCAUGUCCCUGCUUCAGCAAGGGGAGCAGCUGCUGGAAGAAAAUGGCGAUGUCCUCAUCAGCUUGCAGAGAGCUCAUGAGCGCGCCGUGAAGGAAAAUGCAAAAAUGGCUACUGAAAUCUCUAGAUUGCAGCAGAGGCUGAAAAAGUUAGAGCCAGGGUCAGUGAUGUCGCCUUGUUUGGAGGAGCAGAUGACUGAGAUUUCUGGAAGUUCCAGGGAACAAGCUGAGCCGUUUUUAUCACAAGUAAAGCAAGGAGAAAGUCCCACCGCCAAGCACAUCCUCAGUGACCUAGGAGACCGCGAGGCCCAGGACCUCGGUAGUACAGGGACAAGCUCUGUUCGGAGGCAGGAGGGAAAAACUGAGGAGUCAGAAACAUCCCUGGAGUGCUUUUCUGAGCUUGAAAACAGUGAAGACACCAGGACAGAAUCCUGGGACCUGAAGAGCCAGAUUGUUCAACUUCAGGAGCAACUAACAGUCUUACGUGCAGACUGCGAUCGGGCUUCUGAAAGGAAGCAGGACCUACUGUUUGAUAUUUCUGUGCUGAAAAAGAAACUAAAGAUGAUGGAGAGAAUCCCCCAGGCAUCUUCCAGGUAUAAGUUAUUAUAUGAGGAUGCCGCUAGAGAGAAUGCCUGCCUCCAGGAGGAGUUGAGGCGCAUGGAGGCACGCUACGAUGAGUCACUGGACAGCAACAAAGAGCUCACUACUGAAGUCUUCAGGCUGCAGGAUGAGAUGAAGAAAAUGGAGGAGGUGAUGGAAACGUUCCUUAGCCUGGAGAAGAGUUACGAUGAGGUCAAAAUGGAAAAUGAGGAGCUCAGUGCUCUGGUGUUGAGACUUCAAGGGAAGAUGGAGAAGGUGCUGGAUAGAGCCCCCCUGCACUGUGACAGCUACCCCUUGUGGGGAGCCCCUUCAGAGCACCUGGAGGUCAUCUCUGACGAAAAGGUGCUCGAACUCCGUCAGACUCCAGAAGAGUAUACACCCAAGGUCAUGAGCGUGCGCCACCUCCUAGAAGGACGCAGACAAGAAACCCAAUGCUGUGAACAGGGAAACACACGCCUCCUUGCUAGAAUAAAAGCGCAGGAAAUUGCCUGGUUCCACGGGACAAUCCAGACACAUCAAGAAAAGCCCAGUGUGCAGAAUCAAGUUCUCCUGGAGGAAAGUGCUGCCCUCCUAGGCCUUCAAGACUCCCAUCUUCACCAUCAGGUCACACUCGCAGAGUUAGAGCUAGAGAAACAGAGGCUACAGGAACUGACUAGGAAGCUGAGGGAGCGAGUCAGUACGUUAAUUAAGCAAAAAGACGCCCCUUCUCAAGGAGAGAAGGAGGAAGAGCUGAAGGCGAUGAUGCAUGACUUGCAGGUCACGUGCAGUGAGAUGCAGAGGAAAGUUGAACUUCUGAGAUAUGAAUCUGAAAAGCUUCAAGAGGAAAAUUCUAUUUUGAGAAAUGAAAUUACUACUUUAAAUGAAGAAGAUACCAUCUCUAACCUGAAAUUAGAGGAAUUAAACGGAUCGCAGGAAGAAUUGUGGCAGAAAAUAGAAACUGUAGAACAGGAAAAAGCUUCAAUUCAGAAGAUGGUCGAAAAAUUAAAGAAACAGGUUUCAGAUUUAAAAAUCAAAAACCAACAGUUGGAUUCAGAAAAUACAGAACUCAGCCAAAAGAACUCCCAAAACAAGGAAGAACUGCAAAAACUUAAUCAACGUCUGUCAGAAAUGCUAUGCCAGGAGAAGGAGCCAGUAACUUGCCCCUCUGAGAAAUGGGAACAAGAAAACUCGAGUCUGAGAGAGGAGCUGGAUCGAUGCAAAGUGCAGACCUCCACUUUAGUGGCUUCUCUGGAGGCAGAGCUCUCUGAAGUUAAGCUGCAGACUCACGUUGUGGAACAGGAAAACCUCCUUCUCAGAGAUGAACUGGAGAAGCUGAAGCAGCUGCACAGAUGUCCUGAUCUCUCUGACUUCCAGCAAGAAAUGGCUAGCAUUCUAACCUACAACGAACAGCUGCUGAAGGAAAAAGAAGCUCUAAGUGAAGAAUUAAACAGCUGUGCUGAUAAGUUGGCAAAAUCAAGCCUUCUAGAGCACAAAAUUGCUACAAUGAAGCAGGAGCAGAAGACUUGGGAGCAGCAGAGCCAAAGCUUAAAGUCACAGCUGGCAACUUCUCAGGAAAAGGUUCAGAAUUUAGAAGAUGUCCUGCAGAAUGUAAAUCUUCAAAUGUCCCAGAUUCAAUCAGACCUCCAAGUGACUCAACAGGAGAAGGAGGCUUUACAACAAGAAGUGAUGUCUUUACGCAGACAGCUUCAGGAUGUGGGUGACAAGGACUGGCUCUCAGAAACAGCUGCCCAUCUCUCAGGGCUCCAUGGCCAGCAGAGAAGGCUCUCCUGGGACAAGCUGGAUCAUCUCAUGAGUGAGGAACCGCAGCUGCUUUGUGAAGAGAGCCAGAGGCUCCAGACUGUGGUGCAGAGCACCACAGCAGACCUCACACACUCCUACGAGAAGGUUCGUCAACUGGAAUCCAGCCUUCUUCCCAUCAAACAUCAGAAGCAACUCCACCAAUCCUGUACUGUAAAACCCACAGAACAAGAAAAAUUGACUUUAAAGAGAGAGUGUGAACAGUCGCAGAAAGAACAAUCUACUAGUAGGAAGAUCAGUCAGAUGAGUUCCCUUGAGCGAGGGUUAGAAACAGUUCAUUUGGAAAAUGAAGGUCUGCGGAAGAAACAGGUGAGGCUGGAUGAGCAGCUGAUGGAGAUGCAGCUCCCGAGGUCCACUGUGACGCUUAGCCCACCCUCUCACUGGGAUCUGCAGCUGCUCCAGCAGCAAACCUGUCCGAUGGUGCCCAGGGAACAGUUUCUGCAGCUUCAGCAGCAGCUGCUGCAGACAGAACAGAAAAGCCAGAACCUGCAGGAAGAGCUUGAGAACAGGACUUCCGAGACCAACACACCGCAGGGAAGCCAGGAACACCUUGUAAAUCUCAUGGAAGAACGAAUGAUAGAAGUUGAACAAAAACUGAAGCUGGUAAAAAGACUUCUUCAAGAGAAAGUGAAUCAGCUCAAAGAGCAACUCUGCAAGAAUACAAAAACAGACGCCAUAGUGAAUGAUUUGUAUGUUGAAAACGCCCAGUUGUUGAAAGCUUUGGAAAUGACUGAACAGCGACAGAAAACAGCAGAGAAGAAAAAUUACCUCCUAGAGGAGAAGAUCGCCAGCCUCAGCACCAUUGUCAGGAACCUGGCACCAGCACCUCUGGCUUCCACACCUCCUUUGAGGUCAUAGCCAAUACCAAAGGAUGCACUUGCAUGUGUGUACUGUACUGACAUUCAUGGAACACUUCCCUCCGUUCUCCGAACCCUCUGAAAACAGCUCCCAAUGGCUGACAGUCAAGCCAGCAAUGGAAUUCUCCAAAUGGAUGCUUACAAGAAUUCCACAAAUCUCGCGUUUCACUAUUGAAAUUACUCAUGAGAGUUAAAGUAACUUUUAACAUACUUUUAAAGUAUGUUCUGGAUAGCUACCAAGAAGGAAAAUAAUUUAAGAACUUAAAAUCCCAGUUUUUAUUGGUUUUGAAUUGCUAUUAUCUGUAUAUACAAUCCAGAUUCCUUUUAAGAUUGGGAUCUAACUAGAAUGGUUAUUAUAUUAUUAUAAUCUUUAUUUUUUUUUAAAAAAUUUAAAUACUAUAAUUAUUAUAUUUCUAAUAGUUUUGUUUCUUUAAAUGAAUUGGCUGACUGCAGUUCUGCUUAAAGAGGACUUGGCUAGUAGCUAGCCACUGAGGUCAGAAAAGUCCAAGUUUUGUAGAAUUCUGACUUCUGGUACCUGUUCUUGCUGCUCUUGCUAUAUAAUAGAUUCAGAGCUGAUUUCCUCAACUGCACUCUUAAUUAAGGAUAAAGUUCUACUUUAUUUAAAUGGCCCUUUCUCCAUUGUUUGGGACUUUGUGUUCUUAAAAAUGGAUAAACCUGAAUUUUAAAAAUUUGAACUCUGGGGAGACCACUGAACAGCCCAAUUUGGGGUAAAAAGCCACUCCUGAAGGAAGAUUACAUGGAGUAUCAUGGGGGUGGUUUCCUCCCUCCCAAGCCUUGGAGUUCAUGGACAUAGCUUUGAGUUUGCAUCAAGAGCUCAGGGAACAAUAUUGAAACUGUCUUCCUGAACUUCUUGCUGCCAGCCUCUCUAAGAACUGGAGAUGUGUAACCCACAGGACCUUAUUUCUCUUAUAUAUUAACAGCCAUGGGAUUUUUAUUUCUAUAUUUUAGUGCACUUAAUAAUCUAAAAAGGCCUUGACUUUGGAGUUUAAAACCUGUCCAAUUUGUAGAAGAGUUUUUACUGUUUGUUUAAUGCAGGUCAGGCUUUCCAUGCUUCUGACUUUUUGAUACCUCACAUCUGAGCAUAUGGAUUUCAUACUGUAGAGAACAUUAGCGUACCACUGGAGGUGAAGGAGCAAUAAUGGGACUUUACACACACACACACACACACACACACAUACACACACACAGUGGUUGGUGGAGCACUGGCCAGGUGCAGGACACUACCAAAGCUCUUCUCAACCACCUUUGUGUUUCCAUGGGGAGAGAAAUUAAAAGAGUUGCACUUUAUUACAGGUACAAGAGAAAAGCAAACCAUCGAUUAUGGGCAGGAACACAGGAUAAGUGAAAUAGACUAAGAGGUCAGGUGAUGUGCAGAAAUCUCAAGUCAUUUCCAUCGCAACUCUUUGGGAAUCUUUAGGACCCAACUGUUUAGUCCUGAAGCCCAGGGCCCACUCUACAGGGCUCUGACAUGGCACACCGUCUGUGGUCCAAUAGGUCACACUGGCUUUGCCCUACUGCUACUAUCACCAAAUUCCGCUUUCCCAUUGGGAAAAGAAUCCUUCCUGUAACUAUACAUCUGAAUAUUUGGCACUUGGCAUUAACUCUCCUCUCUAUUUAUAUGGCCUUAACUUUAUAUUUAGCAGAAAAUAGUUUCACUUGACACUGUGGGUAGGCUAGGCUAAGGUGAAGUACUUAUGAGAAAUGUUUCAGGUCCUCAAGGUCAGUGUCACUGAACGGAACAAGAAGCAUAUUUCUCCAGUGUUGGCUCGGCAUGGGGCCAUGCUUGUUGUGCUUUUUUCUUUUUAUAUUAUGAAAAGUGUAGGAUAGUGUUUCUUAUACAUUUGUAUUUAUGUGUACAUAAAGUGAUGUACAAUGACUGUAAAUGGGACUUUUUGGAAGUUUGAGAGUGCGUUUAGAAUUAUUUCAUCCGACAUCAAAAUGCUACUCUAGUAACGUGUUAAUUUCUUGCUUUACCCUGCUUAUUAAAUGGGGGUGGGGAAUCAAUAUGAGAAAUACUCUACAGAUACCUUAAAUUUAUACAUUUGUAUAGCAGUGUAUAUUUGAAACCAUUUGGAGCAGGAGUUUAGCUGGCCAUUAGAAUAGCUUAAAGCUUAAAAGGCAGCAGAUGUACAAUACUAGAAUUCUGUGCAGUUCACUUUCAGACUUUGGCUCUCCCCAAAAUCACAAGUUUGUGUUGUAUGGUCAUUUGCCUACUUUUUUUUUAAACACUGGUUUUUAAACUUUACUUUUAUUUAAGAACAGUUCUGUAAGAGUAGCGAUACAAUUCUGGACUCAAUCUGAGGACCUCCAUUGACCUGUCCGCUGUUUUCUGCUUUUGAAAAGCCUUACUCUCCCCCACCAAGGGGAGAAAGGGUUUGCUUUAUGUAAAGCCUUUUACAGUCAAAGUGAAGUUUGUAAAGGGAGAGCAGUAGGAGGUGCGGUUUAGAAUGAACCUCAGUAUUUCCAUUUGUUUUUCCAAAACUCUAAUUUCAGCUAAGCCAUGGUAAACGUGAAUCCCUCCUUGAAGCAUCCAUGUGCUUAUAUAAAGCAUGCCAUCAGCAUGUUUUAUAUAAAUAGAUCAUGAAAUCAUAGGCUUCAAGGAAGACAUCCUACAGGUCUAGUGUUCCGGCAAUAAUAUUCAGGGGUUUUAUAUAAAUAGAUCAUGAAGUCAUAUCUUUAGGGUAUAGGAGGAUGUCUUACAAGUCUAGUGUUUCAGCAAUAUCAAUAUUCAGGACAGGUAUUAUUUUGAGAAACCUUUUUUUAAUGAAAUGACUAAGUCCUCUUGGGAAACUUUUUUUUUAACAUGUGGAAAAUGAAUUUGUGGUUUCCCUUUUGCUUUGCUGAGUAAAGAAAAAGAAAACACACUGCUGUUGUCAGCAUCUUUUAAAGGCAUCUCAGUCAAGGAGCAUCUGAGUGCUCUCAAGUACAGUAUUAAGCAAGUGGUGUUCUGAACGGAUUACCUGCCAUUGUAUAGCACUCCAGUGAGUCAUUAAGUAAUGCCAGAAACCAGGUCUAAGCCUUGUCACCAAAACACUCAUGCUGGGAAGCCAGAACAUUGUGGUUGGCCCUGUUUGAAUAUCUCUGCACUGUGAGGACUUGGAUCCCGGGAUCUGGACAGCUAAUUAGUAGCAAAUUAAAGUUGCCUUUUUGUUUGUUCAUUUGCUUGCUUGCUUUUUAGUUUUUUGAACGAAAAAGGUAAAUUUAUUCUCAUUACCACAGCAUGAUGUAAAGGAAUAUUAGUUUUAUGAAAGAAAACGAGUAUCUAGAGCUAAUCUCCAGAAUUAUAUUCAGAUAAAGAUUAAUGUGAAUAUGUUUGUAUCAGGUUUGUACAGUUCUUUUUAGCCACUCUAUCCCAGAAAGAUUUUUUUAAUGUGAACUUAAAAUGUAAAUAAAUAAUUUUGCAAACUCUG